AUGUCGUCUGAAUUUUCGAAAGAUCCCAAAACUCAGGAGAAGAGUAAAAUCAACGGCGGUCAUAAGAUCCUUGACCUGGUAGCAAUAUCCAAUCCCGAACUCAUGGAGUCAAGUGUAUCGAUAUCUUCGGACGAAAGUGAUGGUAGAGAGGUUAUCUUGUCCGAGGGAAUUCUAGAUCUUCAAAAUUGUGAUGAGACCAUGAACCAUCAUACUACCAUCACUGAUCUUCCACACGACGUUCUCAUGAUCAUAUUCGAUAAUCUUACUCCAUGUAUGACUGCCUGUCUAGGUCUUACUUGUAGUAGAUUCUACAUUACCUGUAAGAUCCAUCGCCCAGAGCCUUUCAACCUAUCAUUGCACGAUACCAAAAAUCAUCAUUGUGUUACUCAAAAAUACCGUCCGGAGACUAUUUGCAAUCCUCUCUCCUGUGUUUAUUUCUCCUGUGACAACGGAAGCUUGGCGAGUUCGGAACCCGAGGAAGACGCAAUGCUCAUAUUAGAAAUAUCACGUCAUCAAGUUGGAAAUAUACCAGCCACUCCAUAUCCCAGACGCGAUCAUCUGGCCGAUUUGAUUGAAACCUGGCAGGGACUUCGACACUAUUGA